AUGGUCCCCCGAGCCUGCUGCUGGCUGUCCUGGUGCCUGCUCAUCUGUGUCAUUUCAGCUGAAAUCCAGGAACAUGGCAGAACUCCCAAGGCUCAGAAAAAGAGAGCCUUCAAAGCAGCCAGCCCUGGAGACGUGAAGCCCCCAGGAGCCCCAGGUGGGAAAAAACCCAAAGCAGACCUCAGCCAGAAGACCCUGCAGAUGAAGACUCCCACAGAGGCUGCAGCUCCAAGCCUCCCAGCCUCCUCCAUUCUGACCCUGGUGUUAGGGAGAGGCCGCUUCCAGAAGGUGGGGGACUCUCUCAGCCUGUGGGCUGGGGAUCCCCUGGAGCUUCGCUGCCAGGGCAAGGUGGUCCACUGGAGGGUGCCUGUAUACCUGGAAGAGGAGGGCAAGGAACGCCUGAGAAUCAAGCACUUCAGCCAUCACAGCCAGCUGCAGCUGGUCAACUCCACGGGCGCGGACACGGGGGAAUACAGCUGCUGGGCUCAGUACUGCCAGGAUGGCGAGGGCGCAGAAGGCGAGGCCCGCCAGGGAAAGACCUUCAUCUUCUUCACAGACCCAGAGGAACUCUUUGUCCCCACCGAGGAUUAUUAUAAGGUGGUGCAGUUGCACAGCCAUCAACCAGUCCUGCUUCCCUGCCAGGUGACCAACCCUCUGGCCCACGUGACACUGCAUCGGGAGUUCCCCCCGGAGGAAGUCCCAGUGGAUGGGAUAGACAUCUCCUUUGAUGUGAAGAAGGGCUUCACCAUCCACCGGCCCCGAGCUUCCUUGGCUGGAGCCCUCUUCUGCUUGGCGAGCCUGGGUGGCUUGAGACAAAUCUCUACCAAGUACAUGCUGAUCUACAUCAAGUACCCGUCAUCCUCCCCCAAACCCACCAUCCAAGCUUCAGCAACAUCAGUCCAACUGGGAGAGAACUUCAGUGUGACCUGCACGGCUCUGGGUGAGCCAGACAUUGCUGUGGACUUUACCUGGGAAUAUCCAGGGCAGAAGCUGGGCCGACCCCCCUACGUCAGCGAGUGGGCCAGUGUCGUUCGCCAAGAGGGCCAGGUACAGCAGGAGGCAGGGAGUACCCUGCAUGUGGAAGAGGCCCGGGCUGGGGACUCUGGCAUCUACACCUGCAGGGCUACCAACCUUCAGGGCACGGGGACUGCCACCACCCGCGUCCGUGUUACUUGA